AACAAGUCCUUCGAAACUUUUACACCGGAAAAACAGCGUAUUCGAAUGCGUUCGAAACUGUAGCGAAACAUCUAACACGGACCAAGCAACCCAUUCAGCACGUGAACACCUCCCAAACCUCUCGAUCCACCGUUCACCUCACUGCCCGUGAGGGGAAAAAACCACAGACCCACUGACCCACGGCCGUUUCAACUUCACAGACCCACGGCCGCGUUUUUUGGGACGCGCAGUCAUACUUUACGACUGGUGAACGCGGUUCUCUUGUGAGCUGAAACUCUUCGUAUCGGGAUUUUGAGGACACAACUGUAUUGUGACAUGGUUCACACCCAAAGCCAUUCCAGGUCAUGGUUUAUUUUAAAAUCCAGAUACGUGUUGUUUUGAUGGCUGCAACCUAUUUUGCGCACUUGCCUUGUGACACUCUGCGAUGCAACGGAGAACCUCUUCCAGGGCCUAGGCGUUAUGAAAACUCACUGUGCAUUUCACUUCAUUGGUGACAAUGGUGUGAACCCGCUGAAUAUGUGUUGUGAUUGUGCACCCACUCAUGAUGCCCCGACCCCCCCCAGCCUGUUUCGACGACUCUUCGAUGACAACGUUGUGGCGAUGUCUGCUGUGAAGCAUCGGUCUGACAUCGUUGUCAUGUUGUGAAACAUCGGUAGAACAAAACACUGCACACAGCAGGCGACUGGGGAGAGCGUCAACAAAAGCAGUCAACUUUAGCCUGUUGGAGCCAGCCAGGAAGAGAGUUGCCUGACAAGCGGAUGUGCACUUUGCCUGUCUUUUGCAUGUGCUAUCCGAUCGACCCAGACUGACUGUACCAAACAUCCAAUUUCCACCAAACCGUCCCAUCAGAAGAUUUGGUUCUUCGUAUAUGAUGCACUCUCUUCACAAUUGGACAGACCAGCCUGCCACCAACGGAGCUUUCCCCCUUUCAUGACUAGCAUUGGGGCAAAACCAUGGCAAACUUUCAGAGUUUUGCUGUCCUGCGAGUGGGUUGCAUGGAUUCCGAAAAACGUAUCAGUAUCCCGUACCGGUCCCGUACCGGUGUAAUUCUCUUUGCGCAGAUUGAGGGGGCUCAAAGUAUACAGUAGAAGACUGAAGAGCCAUCCAAGAUGGGCGAAGUGGUACGUGUGCCGACCGACAAGCUCAUGGAGGAGCAGAGAAAUGGUGCUCCUGUUGUACUAUGCAUGUGGCUUUGUGUGCCUGCGUGCUGCUGCUUUUGGAUCCCAAUGCUGUUCUUCAUGGGAGCAGCCAACGUUUUGCCAAUUUGCCCCAACUAUGACAGCUUCACCAUUUGGAUGAAGACCUAUGGCCUCGCUCCGACCCUCUGUGCAAUUGCCGUGCAGUUCUUGGUGACUUUGACUGCGUGUUGUCGCAAUCACUGUCUUUUCAAAUUGGCAUUGCGCCUGCAAGUUCUCACUGGCUUGGUGGGCGUUGGUCUGAUGGCCUGGGGUUGGGUGGAGUAUUCGCAGACGGAAGAGACGCCUUGCGUGGGCACUGGGGACAUCAAUCCCAGGACGUUGGCCCUUGUCUUUUUGAUCUUUGGGUCCAUUGGAGCUCCAGGAGUGCUAACAGCUGCUUUGAUGAGGGGCUGCUGCGGCGAUGUGAACGAGCGCAAAAUGGUGAAUGGAAGUGACACCGGCGUUAUGCCGUGAGCAGAUUGUCGACCGGUCAUUUUGUAGGCUUUCUCAGCGUGCCUUCUUGAAGGGAAUGCCACUGAGCAUUGCGGCAGCGUACCUGCCUGCCUGAAUUCGGCACGCCUGUGAGGGGAUCAUUGUUUCCUUACUUUCCUUGCGUGCUACAUGGCACUAUCUUUGCAGGGUGCUCCUUUGUGCAGAAGCAGAUAAGGAUGCAGCUCUACCGACACAACGAAAAGAAAUGCCGUCCCAGGAGUUGU